AUGAUGACCAAUUCGCCGUCAGACAAGAUGAAGAAAAAAUGGUCCAAGGACAGCCUGACGCUGUUGCCGUGCUUCUACUUUGUGGAGCUCCCCAUCGUGGCGUCGUCCGUGGUAUCGCUGUACUUCCUGGAGUCGACGGACGUGCUGGGGCCUCCGCGGGUGGGCUUCCGCUGCCACGAUCGCCAUCUCAGCAAACCCUACGUGGACGGAGGGGACGAAAUCAUUCCGCUGCUCAUGCUGCUCAGCCUGGCCUUCGCCGGCCCGGCCGCCUCGAUCAUGCUGGUGGAGGCCUUCCUUUACAUGGCGCAGUCCCGUAGCCAAACGCGGCGAGCGGAAGGCGGCGUCAAUGCGGGCGGCUGCAAUUUCAACUCCUUCUUGAGGAGGACCGUCCGCUUUGUGGGAGUGCACGUGUUCGGUCUUUGUGCAACGGCAUUGGUCACCGACAUCAUCCAGUUGUCGACGGGUUACCACGCCCCCUUCUUCCUCACUGUAUGUAAGCCCAACUACAGCCAGGUCUCUUGCGACACCGACACAUACGUCACUAGAGACAUCUGCUCCGGACCCGACCGGCAUGCCAUCGCGGCCGCCAGGAAAACCUUCCCAUCUCAGCACGCGACUCUGUCUGCUUUUGCCGCAGUUUACGUUUCUAUGUAUUUCAACUCCACCGUCUCGGACGGCAGCAAGCUCCUCAAGCCCGUUUUAGUCUUCUUGUUCGUCAUGGCGGCCGCGCUGAGCGGCUUGACUCAGAUCACGCAGCACCGCAGCCACCCCGUCGACAUCUACGUGGGUUUUCUGAUAGGAGCCUUCAUCGCCGCUUACCUGGCUUUGAACGCCGUGGCCAACUUCGAGUCCUCCGACGCAGCUCCGGCCCCGCCUCCGCCGCCCGCGCCGGAGGACCCUUUGCGGGCGCUGACGGAGCGAGGGCACGAGUCGGUCUACGACAAGGGCCCCGCUUCGGCCUCCGAGAGCAACGACGAGAUCGCGGCGACCCCGGACGGCGCGGGUAGCCUGAAGAGAGCCGGCGUAGACGUGGAGCUGAUGGCUCCGCGGAGUCCCAUGGCAAAGGAGACCAUGCUGACCUUCGGCAACACUUUGCCGCGAUCCGGCGUCGCGGCCGCUCCGGUCGGGCCCGUCGCCCCGACAGAGCCGUUCCGGCGCGUUCCGAAGGCGGACCCGGCCGCGUCGCGCCGUCUGCCGUCGGAGUGGAUGCGGAAGGCCCGGCGGGAGAGCGACGAGUCGGCUUCCGAUCGCGAACCGACUCCUCCUCCUCCUCCGGCUGCGCCCAGACCGCCUCAGGUUCCCCAAGCGGGACCUCCCCCCGUCUCGCCCAAGACCUCCUCGGCCCGUGCCAAAUGGUCGGCCAUCCGGGAGAAGGCCCUUGCCGAAGCCGUGGCCGGCCGGCCGCGACCACUCCGGGCGUCCGAGGGGCCGGCCGAGAACUCCUCAGAAAGCGCCGGGGUCCGCCCGAGCUGCCGACAGGCCGCCGAGAAGCGACGCGAAGCCGUCGUCGCGGCGGACGCCUUUUGCCGGGCCCCACCGAAUACCCGGGAGCGGGCCGACGAGCGUGACGCGUACGACCCCGACGGCCUCCGGCGAGGAGACUGCUUCCGGCCAACGGAACUGGAGGUGUUGACGCAGGCCCAGCGUGAGGAGAUGGCCGCCAGACGCAAGACGGCGCUGGUUCUUCUGGAGCGAGAUGCGCAUCUGACAAUAGGAGAGAACCACCUCAGGAGUUUUCAAGGUCGCAGAAUAAAGGAUUAG